AUGUCUCGAGACUAUGACCAUUUAUUCAAGCUCGUGCUGAUUGGCGACUCGGGCGUCGGUAAAUCUUGCCUUUUGCUACGCUUUGCGGAUGACGCUUUCACAGAAAGCUACAUCACCACUAUUGGAGUAGAUUUCAGAUUUCGCACAGUGAAGAUUGACAACAAGACCGUUAAGCUACAAAUUUGGGAUACGGCUGGGCAAGAGCGCUUUCGUACUAUUACAAGUGCGUAUUAUCGUGGUGCUGACGGUAUUAUUAUGGUCUACGAUGUCACCAGUCAGGAAUCGUUCGAUCACGUUAAUGACUGGCUAAGUGAAGUGAACCGAUAUGCAAGCGAGGGUACAUGCAAGCUUCUCGUGGGCAACAAAAGCGAUAUCAAUGACAACAAGGCGGUGUUGUAUGAGACGGCCAAGGCUUUUGCUGACAGCUUGUCGAUUCCGUUUCUAGAGACAAGUGCUAAAAAUGCGCAAAACGUAGAGGAGGCUUUUUUGACAAUGGCUUCUGAAUUGAUCGCGAUUCGUGAAAUGGUUGGCGAAUCCAAUCGGCCCACAGGCUCUAAGUUGUUGGACAAUGCUAAAAGCGGCGGCAACAAUAAUGGAUGCAUUUGCGACAUAUAA